UGCUUUAUCACUUGAAUCACAAAAUCUCUUCUUUGAAAAGUGAACCCACCCAACAUUAUUAGUGUAUUUUAAUCAAAUUCACAACAUUAAUAUUCGAAUAUCAAAUUCUCCACUUCUUAUUUUUUUGGUAUAAUAAUUCUCCACUUCUUUACACUUAAUGUACUUAAUGUAUGUGACUCUAAUUACUUUAGACAAAAAAAAAAUGUGUAAUAAUCACAGGACUAUCAUAGGGCUAACAAAAUGAAACUUGUAAUGAGUACAAAGAAAAUUCGAAGUCUUCUCUGCUUUUAUUUUUCUAACAACCAGGCCUCAUUUGUUUAGUUUUCCACAUAAGCCAACAUAUUAUAUAACCACACUGGAAUCUGCAAACAAAUUAUACUCCCAAUCCCAUUUCAAUUCUAUCGUAUUCUCUGAGCCAAACAAUCACUCAUGAUGACCAUUAUCACUACACAAAUGCCACUUCUUUUGCUUCUACUUUUAUCUUUAACCACAUUUCACAAAUGCAUGUCAAUCAAUGAUCACAAAUGGGUUCGAUGCAAUGAGAAAGAUAAAGAGAUAUUAUCAAUCUUCAAAAAGGGAAUCAAUGAUAGUUAUGGUGAGCUAUCAACAUGGUCAACCGAAAAAGAUUGUUGUGCAUGGAAAGGAGUCUCCUGUGACAACAUAACCAACAGAGUUACAAAACUCGAUCUCAACUUAGAUCUACCUUACAUAACUUUGACAGGUGAAAUCAAUAUGUGUAUUCUAGAACUUGAGUUUCUCAGUUACUUGGAUUUGAGUAAGAAUGAAUUUGAUGUGAUAAGUUUUACAACCAUUCAACACAACAUCACACAUGCAUCUAACCUUUUGUACCUUGACUUAUCCUCCCCCUUUGGUGUUACUCUUCAGAUGGAUAAUCUUGAUUGGCUUUCUCCACUUUCUUCUUUGAAAUAUCUCAACCUUAGUUUUAUUGAUCUUCAUAAGGUAACCAAUUGGCUUCAAGCUGUUAAUACACUUCCUUCACUAUUAGAGUUACAGUUGAGUUAUUGUAAACUGAACAACUUCAUCAUCAACCCAUCUAUUCAAUAUUUGAAUUUGUCUUCACUUUUAACCCUUGAUCUUUCUUACAACAACUUUACCUCUCAGUUACCAAAUUGGUUUUUUAAUCUCACCAAAGAUGUCACCUAUCUUGACCUUUCGAGUAGUAAAAUACACGGUGAGAUACCUUCAAGCUUGCUAAACCUUCAAAAUCUGAGAUACCUUGAUCUCUCUUUUAACAAACUACAAGGAUCACUUCCAGAUGGAAUAAGCCAACUACCAAAUAUUCAACACCUUGACCUUUACGGUAACAUGUUAAGUGGUUCCAAUAUUCCUUCUACUUUAGGAAACCUCUCAUAUUUAAAUUACUUGUCUAUUGGUCAUAAUAAUUUCUCAGGUGAAAUUUCAGAAAAUACUUUUUCCAAACUCUCUAAUUUAGAUUCACUAGACUUGACAAGUUCUAAUUUUGUAUUCCAAUUUAAUUUGGAUUGGGUUCCUCCUUUUCAACUCAGUUAUCUUUUAUUGAGUAAUACAAAUCAAGGUCCAAACUUUCCUUCUUGGAUAUAUACACAGAAGUCACUGCAAUCUCUCGACUUAUCGAGUUCGGGAAUUUCAUUGGUAGAUAGAAACAAUUUUUCGAGCCUUAUAGAAAGAAUAUCUGAUUAUCUUGAUUUGUCAAACAAUUCCUUGACUGGGGACAUAUCAAACCUAACACUAAAGGGAGAUACUUUAUAUUUGUCAAACAAUAGUUUCACAGGAGGACUCCCAAACAUAUCACCGAAUGCCCUUAGAGUUGAUUUUUCUUACAACUCUUUCUCAGGAUCAAUUCCACAUAGUUGGAAGAACUCGAAAGAUUUACAAUCCAUUAACUUGUGGAAUAAUAAGCUAUCUGGGGAAGUUCUGGAGCACGUCUCUUAUUGGACACAAUUGUGGAUCUUGAACUUGGGAGAAAAUGAAUUUUCAGGAACCAUACCAAUCAAGAUGUCACAAAACUUAGAAGUAUUAAUAUUGAGAGCAAACCAAUUUGAAGGGACUAUUCCAACACAGUUAUUCGAUCAAUCUUCUUUGUUUCAUUUAGACCUUGCACAUAACAAACUUUCAGGAUCUAUGCCAGAGUGCAUUUAUAACUUGACUCAAAUGAUUACUUCUAACAUUUAUUCAUUUUAUAGAACUACAAUUCAGUUGUUUAUAAAAGGUCAAGAUUAUCCGUCUAACAUCCAAUCAGAAAGGCGGACUUUUGACCUAUCAAGCAAUAGCUUGUCUGGAGAAGUGUCAUUAGAAUUAUUUCGGCUUGUUCAAAUUCAAUCAUUGAACUUAUCUCACAAUAAUUUUAAUGGAACAAUACCGAAAGAGAUUGGAGGAAUGGAACAUAUGGAAUCUCUUGAUCUAUCUAAUAAUAAGUUUUGUGGAGAAAUUCCUCAAACCAUGUCUCUCUUAAACUUUUUGGAUUAUUUGAAUUUAUCUUACAACAAUUUUGACGGACAAAUACCAAUAGGAACUCAACUUCAAAGUUUUAAUGCAUCAAGCUACAUCGGGAAUCCUAAACUAUGUGGAGAUCCUCUUAAUAAUUGUACCACGGAAGAAGAAAAUCCUAAAAAUGCAACUCCAUCUCCGGAGAAUGAAGAUGAUGACUCCAUACGAGAAUCAGUGUUUCUUGGCAUGGGAGUUGGAUUUGCAGCAGGUUUCUGGGGAAUUUGUGGUUCUUUGUUUCUUAUUAGGAAAUGGAGGCAUGCAUGCUUUCGGUUUGUUGAUGGAGUGGGUGACAAGCUUUAUGUAAUUUUGAUGGUAAAGUUAAAUAGCUUUCACAGAAAUUGAGCUCUUGCCAGUUAAGGUUAGUGAAACUUCACAGUUUUAUUGAUCUGACUACAGAAAAUGGAUCCGGUUUCUCUGACUUCACAGUUAAUCCAGUUUUAUUCUACUUAAAUGUUGCUACUGAAUUCUUCUUUCACUUGUUGUAAUGUUUUGUUCAUUGAAAUUGUUGUCAAAUUUUAUAUUUAAAUUGAUGUGUCAAAAUAAACGUGUGUUUGUUUCAAUUGCUAGUGGUGGUGUCUGUGCAGUAUAUUCUAUUCUAUUUCAUUUUAAUUUAAGGUCACUAGGUUAGAGAAACUCACUCACAGAGCCAAUACAUUGUAAUAUCAACAGUUAAAUGUUGCUGCUGAAUUCAUCUUUCACUUGUUGUAAUGUUUUUGUUCACUGAAAAACUAUGUAUCUGUCUCUUUAAUUUUUGUGUUAGUUAUGGAUUUUGUGGAGAAAAUUUUCUGCUUUCAACUCUACGUGAAGAUGCCAUAUGGUAUUUGAUAUGCAGUAGAAAAACUAUGUAUCUGUCUCUUUAAUUUUUUUUUCUUAUUUCUUGAAAUAGACCAACCACAUCUGA